UGUAAAGAGGCAAAUUUACGAACGCGUUAGCAACGCGUGUUAAUCGAAUUGUUGAACUAAAACAGCAUAAAAUCCAUUAAAUUAUUAGCAUAUGUCCAUUAUAGGCGCUAUUUGACUUUAGCUUGUAUGUUUUCGUUUUCUUCGUCUUAAACAUAUUUUAAAUAUUUCUGUCAGUGGCGCAAAUAUUGAUCGCUGACAAACAUACCAACUAAAGUUUCUUUUGCAGUCGUAAUAAAAAAUAAAUAAAUCUAAAGCAAUAUGACAAAAGUGGAAUUGUACAAAUCCCGUGUGUUCGUUACGAUAAUACAUCUAUGUGCCUUGGGCCAAUUCGCAUAUGGCUUAUACUUUAGCAAUUUUGAAAUACAACGCAGCUAUAAGCUCAAGACAAGCUUCAGUCGUCGCCUAGUGCCAGAGACUUUGCCACAAAAAGUUCGUUUCCUCAGCUAUUGGUCGCUGAUAAUUCAAGCGCUAUACUAUAUAGUCUCGCUGCUGAAUGAUUUUGUGGGCACAAAUGAGCUCGUGCCAAAACGGGCACCGGCCAUACGCAAGUUCAAGGAUUGGCUAAUGGCUACACUGGCCUUCCCCGUGGCCCUAAAUGUGGGUGUAACCUUCUGGACGCUUUAUGCCAUUGAUCGUGAACUGGUCUUUCCCAAAGUGUUGGAUCCCGUCUUCCCCAGCUGGCUGAAUCAUAUACUGCACACCAACAUUGUGGUCUUCAUUGUCUUGGAGCUCUUCACUUCAUAUCGCGCUUAUCCCAAGCGCAGCAAGGGUCUAGCGGGAUUGGGAAUCUUCAUGGUCAGCUAUUUGGUGUGGAUACACAUUAUUAAGCAUUACUCCAAUGUCUGGGUGUAUCCGGUGCUGGAGGUUUUACAGUUUCCACAACGCAUGGUAUUCUUUGUGGCUGUCAUUGGCUUUACAUUGGCUCUCUAUCUACUCGGCGAAUUUCUCAACAAUGUAGUCUGGGCCAAGGAGGUUAAGCUAUCGCAGCGCAAAGCCAAGUAAAUGCAGUCAACAAUUAAAAACCAAAAAACCAAAAGCAGUUAGCGCUUAACACAACUUUGCAAAACUAUAACAAUUUAAAUUUAUCUAUUACUGAAUUUAAUACUAGUAAAGUUGCACUUACAAGAUUUGUAAUUAUUCAACGUUAGCUCAAAAUGUAAGUUUGUUUUUUACUUUCAACUUAAAAACAAAUGCACAGCAACAACUACAAUUACCUGCGUUCUAAAGAAAAAAUCCUGUAAAUUCAAUUCUAGCAUCAUAAUUAAUAAAAACAAAAGUCAA